CAAUAUUAAUACUCGAGGAUAUACACUAGCAAAGGUAUAAUUAGAAAAAGAUGAGCCAAAACCGAUGAGAGGAGGAGGAGUCUAGACUCUGAAACGCGCCCGGGCCAAUCAGCCCUGCUUCAGGGGCAACUUGGGCCCCCUCCUCUCUCUCUCUCUCUCUCUCUCCGUCUCUCUCUCUUUCUCUCUUUCUCUCACUUCACCAAAACUAAUCACUCGCUUCUCUUCCGAGACUUUCUUUUAUCCUCCUCCACUAUCCCCCCGGUCGCUUGCAUCUAGACUCUUUUGCAUUGCUAUAUUCAUUUUUCACUUACCCUCGUUGGAUGCCCAUCCAAUCUCGUUCGUCUCAACAAGAUCCACCACCAUCUUCCCUCGCUGCAACUACGUCCGUUUCGUUUCCAAUCUCUGUUCGAUUUUUUUCUCCUCGCAGGUUGACCCUGCUGAGUCUCCUUUUCCACAACAAGGAAUCCUCUCGUCUCCGAUUUGAUACUUCCGAAUUACGCGCUUCCAUAUCUCUCACUUGAAACCCUCGUUGAUGUACGCGCGCGCUACCUCAACCAAGAUCGCCUGGUAAUUUGUGCGAAACUCGGCCCCUCCAGAUCGACUUUGGUCAGAUAUGCGGACGACCAUCUGGGCUCUGCUGGGCCUGGGUGUUGUUCUACCCCAGGCUCUAGCCUCCGACACACUAGGCACUUCGGGCUUUACUCUUUGCAUGCAGGAUUCGGAGAUUGAAGUGCAGAAACUCGAUGUCACCUAUACUAAAUCUACCAAAGAAGUUGUCUUCGACGUGGCUGGUACCAACUCGAAGGAACAAAAUGUCACUGCCACCCUAACGGUGACCGCCUAUGGCUCUCAGAUCUAUUCGAAAACUUUUGAUCCUUGUGGGACUGAGGUCCAUGUUGCAAAGCUGUGCCCUGUUCCAUCGGGUUCCUUCAGUGCCAAGGGCGAAAUUGCCGUUCCCGACGAAUAUGCAAGCCAGAUUCCCUCAAUCGCUUUUAGUAUUCCCGAUUUGGACGGCCAGGCCAAGCUGACUCUCACCUCGGACGGCAAAGACGUGGCCUGUGUGGAAUCUACACUUACUAACGGUAAAUCCGCUAGUGUGAAGGGUGUCGCGUGGGCAUCGGCCGGUAUUGCGGCGGGUGCAUUGGCUCUGAGUGGUCUGUCUGCUCUCGGUAGCGCUGGUAGCACCGGUGCACCCGCCUCCAGCCCGACGGCCGGUGACGUGGUGGGAUGGUUUGGCUCAUUGGCUAUGAAUGGCAUGUUGAGUGUGAACCACCCAAGCGUCUACAAGAGUUUCACCAAGAAUUUUGCCUGGAGUACUGGGUUGAUCCCAUGGUCCAGCAUGCAAAACUCCAUUGAUUCCUUCCGAAAGGCUACCGGUGGAAACACGACCCACGAAAGCUAUAUCUAUCUCUCCGGCCUGAGUACCGCGUCGGAAUCGAAUGGAACCUCCUCUUCGAAGCGCAGCCUGGAUCUCGUAUAUCGUGCGGUAAACUUGAUCGCCCGGACGGACUCGAGUUCCAACAGCAGCUCCUCGGAUCUAACCGACUGCGGUUCCUUGAAUUUCUCCACCAUUAAGUGUUAUGGAGAAGAGCUCAUGAUUCCCUCGGCCAACAUCUUCAUGACCGUUCUCCUUGUCUUUGCCAUCGUUGUCGCCGUUGUCAUUGUGGGUAUCCUUUUGCUCAAGGUUAUUCUCGAACUCUGGGCGCUGUACGGCAACUUCCCCAAGAAGCUCGCCACUUUCCGGCGAGACUACUGGGGUCUGAUGGCACGUACCAUCACCAACAUGAUUCUCGUCCUCUACAGCGUCUGGGUCUUGUACUGUGUGUAUCAAUUGCGGAAUGGUGACUCGUGGGCUGCCAAGGUUCUAGCUGCCGUGACCUUGUCCGUCUUCACAGCGCUUCUGGCGUUCUUCGCCUGGCGCAUCGUUUACCUGGCUCGCAAGUACAAAAAGGCCGAGGGCGAUACCACGGGUCUGUACGAGAACAAGGAAACUUGGCGCAAGUACAGUCUGUUCUAUGAUAACUACAAGAAAGAUCUGUGGUGGCUGUUCAUCCCGGUGAUCGUGUAUGCCUUGGCCAAGGGAUGCAUUAUUGCUGGUGCCGAGGGCCACGGCAUGGUCCAGACUAUCGGUCAGUUGGCUAUUGAAUGCUGCAUGUUGGCCCUGCUGCUGUGGAACCGGCCCUACGCCACCAAGUCCUCGAUGGGUAUCAACAUGACUAUUCAAGUUGUGCGCGUCCUGUCCGUUGCCUGUGUGCUGGUCUUUGUAGAGGAGCUCGGUCUCUCCCAGACUACCAAGACCGUGACUGGUAUCGUGCUGAUCGUCGUUCAAUCCACUCUUUCGGGUGUUCUUGCCAUUCUCAUCGCCAUCAAUGCUAUCAUUGUCUGCAUCCGGGAGAACCCUCAUGCCAAGAAGCUCCGUGAAGCCGAAAAUGCCAACAAGGACCUUGACGAUCUAACCCCACUUGAUGCACGCGAGUCCCUUCUGAUUGACCACCCACCCAAGCGCGAUUUUACCGAGAUGAGCAAGUUCAACUUCAACGCACCCUACGAGGCAUACCGGGACCACCCAAUCAACCGAUCCAACUCGAAUGGUAGUAAUGACCGCCUGGUGUACGCCGACUAUGGUGUCGCACAUGGUCGCAGCCACAGUCACGAUUCCCGGUCUUCACUCGAGGGCCGGAAGCCAACUGCCCCCGGCUACGGCAUGGCCUAUUAACGUCACGACGCCGCGUCAUUGUUGAACUUGUUUCUCCUUUCUCAUUCUGUGCAUACCCCUCGUCGUUAAAAGACUAGCGGAGAUGCACAUCUUGCUUCUGUCUGAUUUUAUUUAGCGUGUUUCCAUGGCGGACGGAAUCUCUUGUCUCUGAUCAUACUUGGUCCUCUCACCCUUCCUGGAACGUCUAGACUUGACCAAUUCUUCGCCCCUGUCUUUUGACAUUCUUUUUUUUACCACCAUAUUCCCACUCUCUUACUCUCUUUCUGACCAUACGCUCUGACUCAUCCUUUCGACACUUCUUGUCCUCUAUCUUGAUCUUGCUCACCGAUCGGCCCGGAUCCCCCCACCUUCUUUCCUCUCUGAACCACGUUUCAGCGGCUUUUUCUUGUCCAUUGCUAGCUUGGUGAAAAAAUGUGUUUCUUUCUUUCUAUUUUCCUUCUUGUACAUGUUAUAUAUUUUGCUUAUAUGCAUACAUCAAUUGUCAAUUAUUCACAAUUACUUUGUUUAGGCCCUCGGGUAGCACUGUAUCCUCGU